GGAAAAUACUGCUGUCUUUUUAAAUAGCGCGCUUCAAACAUAGCCAUAAUCCUAGAACAAUUCACUAAACGACAUGCAUUUUGCUGACUUUUCACUUUCCACAACGAAAUAUCUGUUAGCGUAUAAUACUUUUUCAGUUAAUCAAUAUGAGCUGUUAAAGUUUAGGCAAUUGGAUAUGGGACAUAAUUUGUUCAUAUUCAUAAAGUUGUGGCUCUUCAAAACUGUUUUGUGUUUCUGAGGAUUAUGCAUACAUACGGACAUCAAAGGUAUUGGCUUUGUGUAUGUUCUUCACAUUUGUCUCAGGAGUUAUUUUUAGGCUGGAUAAUAAGUAGUUGUACAAUACAGUCAACCUUCUUGGUUUUUUCCUGAAGGUUGGGCAAAGAGAGUAAACAUGCCUGGAAGAACAAAUGAUAUUUGUACUAUGUCCAACCUCGACAAAGAAAAUCUUGUGUCUGACAUUUUUAGUGAGUACAAUAAUUCAGAACGAUGUACUCAGGCAGUUGAUAGAAUAAUUGAAAGUAUUCAACAAAGGCGAAGACUAACCCAGACUGGUAAUAAUCAGGCCAAACCAUUCACAUACAACCAUGCCCAACCAACGUUUUUGAAUUCUCAGUCUUGUCAUCAUAGACUACCAAGUGAAUUUGUUCAACGGUCACGUGUCCAACAAAUAAUCGACGAUUUUCUUCAAAAGGCUAGAAAACGAGGACUAGGUGGUCGAACGUCUAAAGAAAAAAAUAAUCCUCCAGCAGAAAUCCAGUGUCAUCCAAUCAGUCGUCAACCAUAUAAACCUAGAGAGGGAAGAGAAAUCAAUUUUGGUGUGAAGGAAUAUUUGCCUCUAACAGAGUAUAAAAAUCGACUUGAUGUAAAUUGCAGUAAUUUCGAUACUGAAUUUCAUCAGACAUGCUCUUCAGGGAUUUAUUCACCAAGCUUUAGUAUUCGAUCGGACUCACCAGAUUUAUUUGAUCUACAAAGAAAUAAAGUCAAUUCAGAAAAUGAUCUAAAACAACCAGUGAAUAUAAAUGAUAAAGAAACAAGUUUUGGAUUGUUUGAUCAUAUUCAUGGAACCCAUUUUUCCAAGUCUGAUUAUGACGAAAUAAUUCAGCCUACUGACUUGUAUUUUUCCCAGUGCUCCAGAGAAAUGCAACGGUCUCCUAGAGUGCUAGAAGUUCCAUUAUUUCCAAAUCAUAACUCAAUCAAUAAUUUCUCAGUUAUUAACAACAGAAGUGCCCGUGCUAUGGAAAGUAAAAUUAUACCUACAAAUGUAUAUCACAAUAGACCGCGCAUUUUAUCCCAAAAUCAAUGUAAUCAAUAUGAAGACCAAGCACUUAGAUCUUAUGAUGUUGGAUUGUGUAAAAACUGUCAUAUACUGUACAGCAAACAGACAAAUACAAACCUUAAAAUUGAUAUUUCUAAUUUUAGUCCAAAUGUUUUACAAAACAUUCAGAAAUCUAACUCUACCAACAAGUCUUCACAAGAUAAUUGGAAGUUUGACCUCGCUUGUCAACCAUGUAAUUUAAAUAAUUUGAAUUUUUAUUCAAAAAAAACAAACAGAGAUGAAUUUCAAGAUUUUUUAGAUGACUGUAAAUCCAGACACUGUAUGACAACAGGUUUUGAACAAUUCACUGGACACAAUAAUUGCUGUAUAAAUAAUUAUUUCGAAAAUUUAGUGAGUGAUCAAGUUUUUCAACAUAAUUUUCAUAAAUUCACAAGUAAAUUUACGAAAGCUCAUACUCAUACACUCAAACAUCAUAAGUCAUCACCAGAGUUUAAAUUAGUGUUUCCUUUCAAAGUAAUCAAUACUGAAUGUAAUAAGUUAAAUGAAACUUAUAUGUGUAAUCAAGAUCAUCAAAAUGAGGAUAUUGUUAAACAUCUUCCAAACGAACAAAAGAAUGACUUUAUUUACAAUAAAAAUGUUAACACUCUUAAGCACACAGAUUAUUCAAAGAGUGAUUUAAAAUUGGUCGAAGAAAGAAAGAUUCAUUCAUUAGGUUUAUCCUAUUUACCUGAUAAAAUAAACAAUCUGAAAUCUAAGACAUCAACAGUAUCAACCCAAACAUAUUCAACAAAUGAAAGAUGUGAAGAUACUUUUUGUAUCCCAUAUAGAGAACAAAAUUUUAACACGGAAAAGAUAUAUUGCACAAAAUGUCUAGAUGGUUCAAAGUCUAAAAGUGGGACUCCACCACCAGAGGGAACAAGCUCUCAUGAUGAAUCAAUUAUUAUAAGUGACUUUACUAAACAACUGCCGAUACUAUCAUCUGCGAAAAAUCAUAUUCACAAACCACUAGCUACAUCAACACCCUCUGGUGAAAGGGCAAAUGACGAUAAAAAAGCUGAUGAGAAUAAGUCUAAAAUGAAAACUAAACAAUUAACAGAUGCUUAUUACAGUUUUCAAAUGCCUAGAAAAAUUACAAGAGAUAUAUCUUCUGAGACCAUUAUGAACAAUACGGAUGAAAGUGAAUCAUUUCUAAUUUUAAAUUUAUUAAAAUCAGCAGGUAAAAGUAUCUCAUUUGAAAAUAUUGAUUACAUUAAUAAUGAAGAAUAAAAAAUUGUAAAGUUCAUAAGAUGAAAUACUAUUCAUGGUUGCCUUUGUUGAUUGUUAUACUGAUUUGGUUAAAUAGUUCAGUAGUUUAAAUAAACAUAAUUUGAGCU